AUGACUUUAGCAGAAGAAGGCUUUGAAGGUUCUGAACUUUUCGAUCUCAUGAAAGAGAUUGUCGAUAGCGACGAAGAGCUUAAAAAAAAAUCUCUCAAGACAGUUAAUGCAAUUGUGCUACUUACUCUUAAGAAUAAGCAGGGAAAGACGAAGUCUUGGAUUAUGGACUUUAAAAAAGAUGGCACUGUGGCCAAGGUUGAUGGUUCUGCUCCGAAAACUGAUAUAUCCUUAGCAAUGGCAGACAAAGAUUUUAUCAAAUUAGUUAAUAACAAAGCGAAUGCACAAAGACUAUACAUGAACGGCAAACUAAAGGUGAAAGGAAACUUGAUGAAGGCGGCUUCAAUUGAAACUUUCUUAAAGAAGGUUGACCCUAGAGCGAAGCUAUAA